GUUUUUUGUUUGUUUCUUAAAAAUAAGGUGUUUCCCCUAACGGUUUUGCCAAAGGACCUUGACUUGUCUGGCAAUUAAAAAUGAAACUUCUCAUUGGGUAUUUUCAAGUCUGCCACAGGGAAUCAGCUGCCAGUUUACUGCAAUGUAGAAAACUGCACGAGAUUCUGGGAUUGGCAUCAAAAUGCUAAUUUCAAAGGUCGAGUAAAGCUGGCGCUCACGUUUUCCGUGCCUGCGCUCACUGCAGGGAGAACAAAGACCCAGCCAAAGGAGGCAGGGGCUGAGAUUCAUCCCAAAUCUGUUUUCCUGAGACAAUUUUGGAACCAUGCCUGAAAUGCCGGAGAACAUGGAACAGGAGGAAGUUAACGUCCCCAACAGGCGGGUCCUGGUUACUGGUGCCACUGGGCUUCUUGGCAGAGCUGUGUACAAAGAAUUUCAGCAGAAUAAUUGGCAUGCCUUUGGAUGUGGUUUUAGGAGAGCAAGACCAAAGUUUGAACAGGUUAAUCUGUUGGAUUCUGAUGCAGUUCAUCACAUCAUUUAUGAUUUUCAGAGAUUUUAAUUCAGUAAGUCGGUGGUGGGACCCAGGACUCUACAUUUUAAGAAGCACCCCAGACUGUGCACAUUCAAGUUUGAAAACAGCUACGAUCGUGCUCCCUCAAGUACCCCAUGUCAUAGUACAUUGUGCAGCAGAGAGAAGGCCAGAUGUUGUAGAAAAUCAUCCAGAUGCUGCGGCUCAACUUAAUGUGGACGCUUCUGGGAAUUUAGCAAAGGAAGCAGCUGCAAUUGGAGCCUUUCUAAUCUAUAUUAGCUCAGAUUAUGUAUUUGAUGGAACAAAUCCUCCUUACAGAGAGGAAGACAUACCAAGUCCCCUAAAUCUGUAUGGCAAAACAAAAUUAGAAGGAGAAAAGGCUGUCCUGCAGAACAAUUUAGGAGCUGCUGUUUUGAGAAUUCCUGUUCUGUAUGGAGAAGUCGAAAAGCUUGAAGAAAGUGCCGUGACUGUUAUGUUUGAUAAAGUGCAGUUCAGCAACAAGUCAGCAAACAUGGACCACUGGCAGCAGAGAUUCCCCACACAUGUCAAAGACGUAGCCACCGUGUGUCGUCAGCUAGCAGAGAAGAGGAUGCUGGAUCCAUCAAUUAAAGGAACUUUUCAUUGGUCUGGCAACGAACAGAUGACAAAGUAUGAAAUGGCGUGUGCGAUUGCAGAUGCUUUCAACCUCCCCAGCAGUCACUUAAGACCUAUAACUGACAGCCCUGUCUUAGGAGCACAACGUCCAAGAAAUGCUCAGCUUGACUGCUCCAAAUUAGAGACCAUGGGCAUUGGCCAGCGAACACCAUUUCGAAUUGGAAUCAAAGAAUCACUCUGGCCUUUCCUCAUUGAUAAGAGAUGGAGACAAACGGUCUUUCAUUAGUGUAUGUCUUGUCUUUUUUUGUAAUGAUAAAUAUAGUAUGUGGCACUUUUUAAAGAAAAAAGGAAAUAGUUUUGUAUGCGUGCUCUUUAAUUGUGACUCAUGAUCUUUCAGGUAAAUGAUGCCCUUGCACUAGUGAAAUUGUGUAAAAAACUACGGUCAAUAAUGCCUUGUUUGAAGUCAUGUUUCUUUUCAUCCUUUUGUUGGUUCUGGCUCUGAGUGUAGGAGAUGAUGAUUCUUAAAUGAGCCAGGAUGAAACAUCUGCUGUAGACUUUCUUUGGGGGGUGGCGGGAUGCGAUACAUUAUUCAUUUCUAUAACCUCUUCAUUUUUAGGACUUUUGCAACUGUUGACCUUUUUGUUUUAAAGUGUAUUAAAUAGUAUGAAAAUCAAUGGUGAUCAUGAUUUGCUUUGCUUGAGCGCAGGUCAAAAUGUUUGAAGAAAGAAACUUUAUUUUUGCAACUUAAGUACAAUUUUUAUGCUUGAGAUAUUUCAACGUUAUGUAUAUUGGAGCUCCUGCAGCUUGAUGCCUCCUGCUUUUGUAGCAGUGGGCACUUGACAGAGAGCAUGUGUGUAUGUAUUUUUUAAAUAUAUAUAAAAGUGUCCUUUUCACUCCACGUUACAAAGUGAUAUUUCAUAUGUGUGAUUAAUAAUAAUGGGCCUUGUAAGUAUUUUGACUAUUCAUGAAUAACAAUAAAUACGUACUGCUGGCAUGGUCAUGCUUA